GGCACCGCCCCCGCCCCGCCGCUCCUCCGCCGCCGGCUGCACCCGCAGAGGAGCCCCGCGGCUUCGUCAGCUCCCGGGCCGGGCUCGGCGGCGGGGAGGCGCGGCUGGCGGCUGCUGCUGCUGCUGCGGCGUCGUGCCGAAAGCGGCAAAAGCCGGCGGUCCCGGGGGGCUGCGAGCGGUGCGGGAAAGGCGCAGCGAGCCUUGGCGGGCCGCCGCUGUCUUCUGUGCCGAGCCCACGUUAAGUGCUCUGUGGCCGGGCUGAGUAAUGGACGGUACGGGCCGGUGGCUGCUCGAUGUCGAUCACCAGAAAGCCGGCUGGGUUAGCAUCCAUGAGAAGGUGUGCCAGCUGCCGAUGCCGGUCCGCACAUCCCUCCCUUUGCUCGUUCCUGAAGAAGAAAGAAAACACGGAGCGGAGCAGCUGGUGAAGAGGCAGAAAUACAUCAUUGAUCUUACAUACAGCACAGCCCAGAAGUUUCUUUGGGAUGGAAAGCACGAAAAAGCAAUGCCUGCAGCUUUGCAUGCGUUGCGUUUCAGCACUGAAGUGUAUGGCUCAAGUUCUGUGCAAUUGGUGCCUGCUUAUCUCCUCUUGGCUGAGGCCUGCAUUGGUGUUGGCCAUCAUCUGCAGGCAUCUAAGUAUCUCUCCCAAGCUCAGUGGAUUGUCCUCAGAACUCCAGACUGCAGCACUGCAGUUCAGCAUAGAUUACAUCGCAGUCUGGGGCUUCUCUGUGCUGCUGAAGGAAACUUUGAACAGGCUUUACAUCACCUGGCAAAUGACAUUUACCUUGCUAGUUCUACAUUUGGGCUAAAAUCUAUUGAGGCCUCUGGAGGGUGUUUCCACAUGGCUAAUGUUUUCUUUCGCCAAAACAAAAUGGACAUAGCAGACUCACUGUAUGCUGAGGUUACCGACAUCUGGCAUGCCUUUCUUAUGAAGUCAGUUCAAACACAAGAGCAAAUUCACAAGUCAAGAGCAGAAAAGUCUCCAUUCACUGAGGACAAGGAAGUCAGCAAAGACAAUAUGACUGAAGCCCAGCAAGCAGAAGCAAUUCAAGUACUGAAUGCAGUACUAGAUAUCAGAGAACAGGCACCGAAGCAACAACCUGGUGAAACUGCAAGAGUUUUACAUGCUCUUGCAAUGCUUUAUUAUCUGAUUAUGGAUUUAUCAAAGGCUUAUGAAAUGGGGACAAAAGCCUUUGACCUGCUGAAACAACUGCCCCAACAAGAAUCUCUAGAAGCCAUUGGCCAUUUGUUAAAGUUGAUUAACUCCAAGCCUUUCUACACAAAAUAAGGAGCUCUUUCUACCAGAGCCAGGUCCUUGGCUACAGCUCCUAGUUAUCUAACUAUGUUGCUGAAAACAAUGAAAAUACAUUACAAGGCAUA